GAUAAUAGAAGGCGAAGACCUUUAUUCAUGCUAUAGUUUUCAUUAUGCUUAAGAAACUUUGCACACUUCUCUUCUUAGAAACUCUCUGUUAUUGGAUUUUAAGUGUUAAGUAUUUAUCAAGGAUGAAGUAGUAAUAAAACAAAUAAGGUGUAGUGUCAAGGCAGAGGAUUUAAGAUUCGGAAAAGGGCCAAAUAUACCCCUGUACUAUCAGAAAAGGGUCAUAUAUAACCUUCGUUAUACACUUAUACUUUGGGUCUAAAUAUACUCCUACCGUUGUACUAUUGGUUUAAAUAUACCCCUCAUCCGUUAAAUUUGUCCAAGGUGGCCAUUCAAUCCCACGUGGCACUGACAUUUGAUGAGGUGGAUGCCACCUCAACUCCCCUGACCCAUUUUACCCCUCCCAUCUAUUUGUUCUUCCACUCCACCACCAUUACCGCCACCAUGACCACCCUAAUUUAUUUCAUCUUUCAAGCAGACAAACUACUUCAGGCUAAUAUAUAUGAUUCUAUUUUCUGUAUCUUUCUUUGUACUGUUUCCCAAUUAUCCCAUAUUAUAAUUUACAGCAGCCAUAUCUGAAAACCCAUUUCAUAGAAAUAUCACAGCUAUAAAUAGAGGCAAUUGAGUCCCAAGAUUUCAGCCUGUGUUAUAACAUGUAAAUAUUUCAUACAUAGCAAAGAUACUUUGAAUUAGCUUCUGGGUUCUUUUUAACGGUAAAGAUCCCAACUUUCUUGCAAAUUUUUCUCCAUCACGAGAUAAAUUUGGAGUCUCUGUUAAUAAUUUGGUUUCUGUUGUUGUGAAAAAAAGAAAAGAAAAUGGCCUGGAAGAAGAUCAGAGAGUAUGAUUCGAAGAGAUUGCUGAAAGAACACUUCAAGAGGUUUUCUGAUAGUACAGGGGUAUAUUUGGCCCUUUUCCGUUUAAGAUUCCCGCCUUUCAGAAAUUCGAUUGGAAAGGCUUACACCUGGAUAGUAUUUCCGCAUUAUGCAAAUUCUGUAAAAUAUGAUGCUUUUGUAGAUACUCCAGCAAGAGGAAAAAGAAUAUAGCAAAAGUUGUACCUUCCCGUGGUUGUUCCAUUUUGUUAUGAUCAAAGCCAAGAGAUCCAGUCUUAAUCAGUUAAUUGAUAAGUUUGUGUUUUAAGAUAAAUAUGGGCACCUCAUUUUAGCUAUGUGCUUUCUAUUUUACCAAACUUCAUAUAUUUUGCAGCGUUUUCCUAAUCAUUCUUUGGAACUAAUACAAUUAUUUAGUCAAUUAUUCUUUAUACAAUGUAUAUAAUCAAAUGUUUUCCGAGUGAUCCACAAACCAAAUAUACUUUUAAGCUUUUAUUCACUUUGGUCUUUUAUGAUGACAAAAUAACAAGCACUUCCUUGUUUCCUUGUUUCAUGUAAAUAUACUGCAGUUGCAUGCACAAGAUGAGCAUCACUGACUGAAAAUUAAUGACAUGGACUGGUAACUUGGAAAUUAAAGUUCAUAUAGAAGAGCUUAAAUUAGUAUAAGCAAGUAUAAGAUGUGCUUGAGAAAAGGACAGUAUAAAAUUUGGUAUCAUUUUUAAGACCAGCUUAUAAAUUUAGACGAUUGGUAUAGAAAACUUCCAUGAGUUGUUGUUUGUUGAGGAAACUAAGAAGUAUAUAGAUCAUAGUAAAUUCCGGUCGAUGUUAGUUAGACUACUUGGGUUGAUCAUCUUCUCCGUGAGUCUCUUACUGCAACACUUUGAACAACUCCCAUGCUUUCUUUGUGUUAGUUUGAAUAAUAGGAGAUAGAGGAAGGUAUCAUCUGUCUGUCUUGGUCUCCACUCCGCUUCCCAAUUAUGUUUGGUGAAUAUUGACAAAUUAUAUAAGGACUUCUUCUUAAGGCAGGACAAGGGAGGAAACAUAGGCCAAAAAGGUGGUCAUUGUACCUUUAGAAUAUAGAACCAUCAUCCAGCCAUUCGGCUUUGUUAUGAUUCUUUUUCGAUUAAACAAUCAUGAAGCUCCUAUACAUUAGGUUGUCAUACGAACAUAGUAACUAACAGGUCUAAUUGGAUGUUAUUACUAAACAUUUAUCUCUGCUUAGUCAUUUAGAUUUGGCAACAAAGUUCGCAGGGUAAAAGCAAGGAGAAGUUUGUCUAGAAAAUAGAUACUAAAGAUUCUGUAACAGCAUGUUCUGAUAUUUUGUCAAAUACAAUCGCAAAAGAAGAUUUGUGGCGCUAGAAGUUUACGGAAUACUAGACUUUCAAAAGGGAUGCAUGAAGCAAGUGAACUAUGUGCAAAUGCUCGAACUUCACAUGGUGGAUAUUUCAUAACCUUUUGGAUAUCUUGUACAACUUUAUUCCUCAAGGCCUGUAUAUAAAUGAAGGUUCAAAACAUCUUCUUGGUGUCGAACAUCUUUUAUAAUCUUAUAGCUGUAUAAAUAACAGAAACAAUUAUUGUCGGGCAUAGGCCCCUGCCUUGCAUGGGCACCAACCAUCUAGUUUUCUAAUAGACAUCAAUCCACCAAGGACGGAAAUAAGUCCCACUUGGUUUAACUUAAUAGUAGUUAUUACAAAAAUGGACUAGUUAAAGAAAAAGGACAGACUGGAACUUCAAGACAGAAUAUUUAACUUGAUUAAUUUUGACUGUUAAGUAGCUCAUGUACUCCAUUGCUUUUCUUCACUUCAAGGACAUAGUUCAAUCAGACUUGAUCAAAGAAGAAGAUGUCUCAGUUUGUUCAUCAAGCAUAUUUAAGUUUCAGAAGCAAGGAAAUAAGCAAGACCUUUGGAGAUCAUCUUCAUACAGCCUUGUUAAAUGCUGGUAUCCCCUCAUUCAGGCCUGAUGAAGAGCUUAAGGAAGAAGAGAAAAAGCUGCAGAAAGCAAUUCAAGAAUCCAGAGUUCUUAUAGUUGUCAUUUCAAAUGACUAUGCUUCUUCUCAGAGAUGUCUUGAUGAUCUCAUCCAUAUGCUUGAAAGCAAGAGAGCUUUUGGGCAUUUUCUUCUGCCUGUGUUUUAUGUUGUGGAUCCAUCAGAUGUGAGGAAGCAGAAAGGGAGCUUUGAAGAAGCUUUCUUUAGGUAUGAAGAGAGAUAUAAAACAGAGAAUGAUGAAAGGAGAAAGAAAUGGACGGAGAAGGUGGAAAAAUGGAGGGCUGCUUUAAGAGAAGUUGCUGAUUUGGGAGGAAUGGUCUUACAGAAUCAAGCUGAUGGGUAUGAGUCGAGGUUUAUACAAGAAAUUGUCAAGGUGGUUGCAGGAAAAUUGAGGCGCACUAUGUUAAGUGUUGCUCCCCACCCAAUUGGAAUAGAUUCUCGAGUCAAGGACAUUGAUUUGUGGUUACAAGAGGGAUCAACUAGUGUAGAUAUUCUGGCAAUACAUGGUAUGGGAGGAAUUGGCAAAACCACAAUAGCCAAAACAGCUUAUAACCUGAAUUUUGAUAGAUUUGAAGGCAGCGGCUUCCUUGCAGACGUGAGAAAAGUUUUAGAAAAGUACGAUGGUUUAGCUCGUCUGCAAAGACAACUUCUUUCAAAUAUUCUCGGGAAAAAUGUUGAAAAGAUAUACAAUGUCAGUGAAGGGGCCAUCAAGAUUCAAGAAGUCAUCAGCUGCAAAAGAGUCCUCCUUGUUCUUGAUGACAUAGACAACAUAGAUCAACUAAAUGCUGUACUUGGUAUGAGGCAAUGGUUUUAUCCAGGUAGCAAAAUUAUCAUAACAACAAGAAAUGGCCAUUUAUUAACUUCUACUGAAGCAUGUAGAUGUAGGAUGUAUAAGCUAAAGGCUUUGGAUGCCAAAGAAUCACUUCAAUUGUUCUGUUGGCAUGCAUUUGGUGAAGAAAGCCACCCUUUAGAGUAUAUGGAUCUUACAAUAGAUGUUGUACAUCAUUGUAAAGGAAUUCCGUUAGCUCUUAAAGUUUUGGGUUCCUCUCUUGGUGAUACAAGUAUAGAGGUUUGGGAAAGUGCAUUAAGGAAAUUGAAAGCUAUUCCAGACAGUAAAAUCCUUGAAAAACUAAGGAUAAGUUAUGAAUGUCUACCAGAUGAUAAUGUUCAGAACCUAUUCCUUGAUAUUGUCUGUUUCUUUGCUGGUAAGGACAAAGAUUAUGCAGUAACAAUACUUGAUGGGUGUGGGUUCUUUUCAGUAGUUGGAAUUCAGAUUCUUGUUGACAGAUGCCUAUUAGCGAUUGACCAUAACAAACUGAUGGUGCAUCAAUUACUUCAAGACAUGGGAAGAGGAAUUAUUCGGGAAGAAUCCCCUUGGGAGCCUAGGAAACGAAGCAGAAUUUGGAAACACAAAGAUGCCUUUAACAUAUUGCUGGGGAAAACAGGUACUGAAAGAAUCCAAGGUCUAGUUCUUGACAUCCGGAUGCUGAAGGAAGUGGAAUAUAUCAGACAAAAUUUCAAUGGAAAUAAUGUUAAUUCACAAAGGCAACAGAGUUUAGCUGCUGUUGAACUGUUCAGAAACGUUUUUUCAGAAACUUCAAAUGGUGUGCGGUUUGAAAUUGAUGCAUUUUCAAGAAUGCAGAAACUGAGAAUUCUACAGCUUACAGAAACAAAAUUCACUGGUAGCUACAAAUGGUUUCCUAAGAGUUUAAAAUUGCUCCAUUGGCGUGGAUUUUUUUUGAAGUCCAUUCCAAAGGAUUUUCCUUUGGAGAACCUGGUUGCUCUUGAUAUGAGGAGGAGCAGAUUGCAACAAGCCUGGGAGGGAACUAGGAUGCUUAAGUCAUUAAAAAUUUUCAAUCUCAGCCAUUCCCAUUUCCUAAGAAGAACUCCUGAUUUUUCUGGGCUUCCUAAUCUGGAAAAACUCAUAUUGAAGGAUUGCGUAAGAUUGUUCCAUAUUCAUGAAUCGAUUGGAGAUCUCGAGGAACUUGUUCUCUUGAACCUAAGAGACUGCAAGAAUCUGACGAAUCUUCCAAGAAGCUUUUGUAAGCUCAAGUCCUUGGAAACACUCAUCAUUUCUGGUUGUUCUGAACUUGCUCUAUCAACAAUUGAUCUAGGAAAGCUGGAAUCUUUGAAAAUCCUCCACGCAGAUGAAAUUAACUACAAUCACAAGAAAUCAUGGGUUGCACUCUGGCAAUCUUGGUCAUCAAAAUUAAAAAAAUCCCCAGAUUAUGAUAACUUUUCAUUGUAUUCUUUAUCAAGUUCCCUGGUUAGCUUAAGUCUGGCAAAAUGCAAGCUAACAGAUGAUGCUUUGUCACUUGGUGUUAACAACCUUUUCUCAUUACGACACCUAAAUCUAAGUGGAAACCUGAUUUCUAACCUUCCACAGAGUAUCACAAAUCUGAGUAUGCUUCAGGACCUUUGGCUAGACGCAUGCCCAAGCCUCCAAUCGCUACCCAAUCUUCCUUCAAGGCUCAUCAAGCUGAAGGCUACAGAAUGCACAUCACUAGAAAGAGUUACAAAUCUAUUGGAGACUCAUACACUAUUCUUGGAUGUUAGAGGCAGUGAGAAACUAACUGAGAUUCCUGGACUGUUCAAGCUGGAGCCGAUAAGUAAUUUCAAAGAGGAAAUGGUAAACACUUUGAACCAUCUCAACCUGGAUGAUAUACAAAAUACAGAUGUGGAACUAUUUAACAGGCUUACCAACACAAAAAGGAUAUAUUCAGUGCAGGGACUCUAUGAGUUUGGCAUCUUCAGCACUUAUUUUCCUGGAAGUGAGAUCCCAAGUUGGUACAGAAGGAAGGGUGAAGAAAGCUUAUUGACUCUGGAAGUGGAUUCUCAUACUGAUACAAAGAUUAUAGGACUUAAUAUAUGCGUUGUAUAUUCACGUUCCAAUCACCAGAAAUCUCGAUGCUGGGGUGAAAACCAACUUGGGAACUGGUAUUCCUUCUUCAUCAAACUGAAUAAUGUGUCCAAGGGUGUCAAAUGGAUUUACGCCCCAACAUUCAUAGGCAUUCCAGGACCUAAUGAAAACUUGACAUUUUUAUGCCACUGGAAAUUGGGGAAGUAUCUAGAAGCUGGUGAUGAGAUUAAUGUCUCAAUAAUAGGUUGGAGUUAUACUUUUCAGAUGAAAGAUUUUGGAGUUAACCUUGAGUUUGACACACUAGAAACAGAUCUAUCCCGAGCACCAAGUGGUGAUUCAAACGAGCUAGCAAUUAACACUAAUGAUCCUAGUGCUUAUGUAUCUGGAGACUGUGUCAUGGAAAGUUAUAUGCCUGUGUAUCAGCUAGCAUGGAAUCAUUACUGCUUUUCUCACCCAGACUACUUUUUGUUUAAUGGACACCAAAGGAAACAAGCAGCAAUGAGGUUGAUUUUGUACCAAAAAUUAUUUGAAGAUUUUGUGCAGAAUGCAGGAAAAGAAGAUGAUAGUGACAUUGAUAUCUACCAUGAGAAAUAUGCUGAGGAGGCUGCCUUAGCAGAACUAGAAGACGACGUAGAAUGGCCUUGGUAACUGGUAACCAGUGGAGGGUGAGGCAAUCUUGAAUAUUGGUUGAUUGAUAAACUAUUAGGUGAUAGAGAUUCUGAUGCCUAUCUUAUUUGGUACACAACGUAUAUCUUCUGGCUAGAGGUUUAGACACCAAUUAUGUGUGAAAGAGACAAUCCUAGCAACAAAUUUUCUCAAAUAUUUGAUCGCGCAAGAGAGAGUUUCUAAUUGUCUUGAAAUAUCUUUCUCGCAGUGUAAUUAUUUCUUCUACUUUAUCUUUCGAUUUUUUAUCUCCAGAAAGUUUAUCUUUCAUUUGUCGUUCUUUUGAACACUCCAUAGAUUUUCAGAUGAUUUCCUGUGUAUUUGGUUUUUGCUGUUAAUCCAGAAAGGGAAAGGAAUGUUCAAGCUUAGUUUCAUUACU